AUGCGUCUUUUGCACACUGAUACCUUGGAACUCCAUUACUUUCCACGAGAUGCACCGCCCUAUGCUAUUCUCUCCCAUACGUGGGAAACAGAGGAGCUAUCAUUGCAAGAGAUUGGACCAAAGUCGAAGGGAACGCGAGGCUACAAGAAAAUAGCGAUGGCCGCGGCGACUGCCCGUGCGGACAACCUGGAUUACAUUUGGGUUGACACUUGCUGCAUUGAUAAAACCAGCAGCGCGGAAUUAUCAGAGGCCAUCAAUUCCAUGUUCCAAUGGUACCAGAAUGCUAGUGUGUGCUAUGCAUAUCUGUUUGACGUCGUCCCGAACCACCACGAUUCGGUCGCAUCUAUCAAUCCCCGGGUCCGGGAAAGCAAGUGGUUCACUAGGGGAUGGACGCUUCAGGAGCUUAUCGCGCCAUCGGACGUGAUAUUUUACGCCCAGGAUUGGACGGAGCUGGGGACGAAAUCGAGUCUUCGGACUGUAAUUUCGCAGAUCACCAGGAUACCCGAGUUGGUCCUGUUGGGCAAGAGUAUUAAGGACUACAGUAUUGCACAGCGGAUGUCUUGGGCAUCUCAGCGGAAGACAACCAGGACCGAAGAUAUGGCCUACUGUCUCAUGGGAUUAUUCGAGAUUACCAUGCCCAUGCUGUACGGAGAAGGCAUGCAAGCAUUCAUUCGCCUUCAAGAAGAGAUCAUGAAGAAGUCGGAUGACCAGACGUUGUUUGCAUGGACCAGCGCGGCUCUGUCUGUUCAGUAUCGGUUCGGCUGCGGGUUGCUGGCACCUGUCCCUCGGUUUUUUGAGACUUGUGCUGGAAUUACAACCUUUGCCAUGACCAACAAAGGGCUGAGCAUAAGACUACCAAAACUCGCUACCGGACUUCUCAAAGAGCACCCCUGA